GACGGGUGUGCGCGGGUGUGCGGGAGCGUCUUCCACAGGGCUGUGCGGGAAUGUGAAAGCAUCAUCCACAGGGAUGUGCGGGAAUGUGAAAGCAUCAUCCACAGGGAUGUGCGGGAAUGUGAAAGCAUCAUCCAUAGGGAUGUGCGGGAAUGUGCGGGAGCAUCAUCCACAGGGAUAUGCGGGAAUGUGCGGGAGCGUCAUCCAUGUGGGUGUGCGAGAAUGUAGAGGAACAUCAUCCACGCGGGUGUGCGGGACUGUACAGGAAUAUAAUCCACGCGGGUGUGCGCGGGUGUGCGGGACCGUCAUCCACAGGGGUGCGGGAUGCGGCGGAGCGCGGCGGCGUGCUGGGCGCUGGUGCUGUUGGCCGCCGCCUUCUGCGACACGGCGGCGGGCAAGGGCGGGCGCGGCGGCGCCCGGGGGGCGGCCCGCGGAGCGGCGCGGGGGGCGGCCCGCGCCCGGCCCAGGGCGGCCGUGCCCCGGUACGGCUCUGCCGGGGCCGCCCUGCGCGUGGCCGGUGCGGCGGCGGCGGGGGCGGCGGCCGGCGUGGCGGCGGGGGCGGCCCUGCGCCGGGCGCGGCUCUCCGGGGAGCUGCAGGCGGGGGACGGCGUCGAGUACCGCGACGGCAACUGGACGGCGGCCGCCAGCGCCUGGACCUCCGCCGCGCCCGCCGGGACCGCGCCGGGCCGGGCGCUGCCCUGGCUCUGCCCGCUGGCCGCGCUUCUCCGCCGCUGA